CCUCCCCAUGUCAACAUCAUAUACGGACGAUGCAUCUGGGCAUGAGAAGAGCCAGGAGAAGUCGCCACCCAGAGGGCGAUCAAAUCAUGAUCCCAACAACGAGUUCCGCAAACCUUCUAUUGCCUUUGCUGCUGAGCCUGGCUGUUUCCCGCCAGGUUGGAGUGGCGGGCCAUUAGCAAGCUGCCUCGGAGAUUACUUGUGCCCGCCAUUCUCAAGCUUUAUCGGCCCUUCAGAAUACUCACCCCUCCCACCUACCACACAGCAUGAGUAUGGCGGUGUCAGACCAGCUAUGGUUGAUGGCGUGGCAUCCUUUCAGCCUACCACCCCAGUCUCCAUGAGCUCGACAUCUGUACCAUCAGAUCCGAUAAACCUAUUUGGGAAUGGUGGUGAUCCAGAAAUUAGGGAUCCUUUCUUGGCCAGUUACCCGCCACUUCAGCCUACUCCACUAACUGGAAUGCAGCCUUUGACAGCCAGAGAAGAGAUGAUUUAUCCCACCACUUCGCCAAUCGCUAACUACGAUGGUUCGCCUGACAGCUCUCGUGCAGCAGUGAAAAAUGCUGGUGUUCGGCCGCCCCAGCCGCAUCUUGGGAGUCCCACAGUUACAUCACUCAUCUCAAGCAGCUAUCUAGCUGAACUUGACCCUUCAGUGUAUGGACGGACGGGAAGUAUGCCGGGCACACAUCAAGGUUAUAACAUGACCGAGCAAGCUUUUGGCGUGAAGAAUGAUACGAUCAGAUACGAAAUGAAACAGCGGUCCUCAGCAUUUGACAUGUUUCCCCAGUCAAGAACCAUCUCAGCCAGACGUGGCCCCUUCAAGAACCACGACCAGCGUGAACAGACAGCUCACACCAGGAAAAUUGGAAGCUGUAUCAGGUGCCGAAUGCAGCGAAUUCGGUGCAACCUCGAUCCUGAAAAUGAAAAAGGACCCUGCCUGGGAUGCAAGAAGAUUGCGGCAAACACCACCAAGAUCUACCGGUUGAACUGCCUGCGUUGGAAGAUCAUGGACAUCAAGCUAUUCAAGCCUGGUCAAGUCAAGGACCACAAAUGGACCGAGCGCUGGAAAGACAGCGUGGUAGAUGACAUUGGAAACUGGGCCUCUUCGGAAGUGAGGACAAUCAGAGUCACUGAAGGGUAUACCGGUAAAUGGAUCGAGCUCCAGGUCCGUCAGUUCGAACCGCAGCCUGGCGACAGCCUAUACAGAAAGUGGGUUUCCAAGAACGGCGAGGUUAAGCGAGCCGAAGUCCCGGCCUUUGCUAUCGUCGACAUGGAAUCCGCCAAGACCUCGUUCAACGAGUACAUCAAGCGGGCCCUGGGAAACUGCUGCACCUACCUGCUGCGCAAGGAAAAGCUCCUCCAACGUACAUACUCUCUUGCCAUUAAGAUUAUGAAGCACUCAUCCACGCACGAAACCGAACGCAGGCUGAUCAAGAGCACUCUCGAUCUCUGGAUGUCAGUAAGGCUGACAACCAAGUCGUUCGAGAUCGUCGGGGAGGAGAGGCUGGGCAUGCCGCAAAAUAUUAUCGAUGACCCGGACAGUCCUUUGUGCGGCAAGAUCCCGCUGCCUCCGGUUAUGGGAGCGCAGAUUGAUUCCAUCCUGAUCCAUCAGGUCCAGCCCCAACUUCGCCGAGACACGCUGGAGGAGCUGCAGAAGAUGACUCAGGAGAAGAAGCAGAGAACAUGGCUUACCACGUAUCUGGUGACGUUUAUCCUGUUACACAACAUCGCCCUCAUCACCAAACACGACGCAGAUUACGCCAAAAAACACAACCUGGGGAGGCGAUUUGCCAGGGAAGACAGCGUCAGAGAGUACAACAUUGGAGCAAAUACACUUCUCGCCUACUUCCACUAUUGCAACCGCGCGAUCUACCCAUUCUCUGCGGAAUGCAAGGAUCCAGACCUCCAAAGCAUGGCGGAGCUUGACGGAGACGCCAUGCGAUUCGUGCGCGAGACACGGAACUUAGUAGCUGAACACAAAUCAGAUUGGGAACAAGUGUUGGCGAGAGAAGAGUACGAGGACCAGUACUACUAUGUCAGUCAGCUUUAUGAGCCAAACUGGCAACCUCGAGUCAUGACCUAG